UCUCCCCGUGCCGCUCGUCUCCCUCCACAACGGCACAGCAGCAGCGGCCAACUCCUCUCUGCUAGUGUCUCCUCGCCGCCGCCGCGCCGCCGCGCCGACCAAUCACCGCGCAAUUGGAAGCAAGAGAGCCGCACCAGGAGAGAGAAGAGACAGUGAGAGUGAGAGCCCGAGGAGGGGCGGCGCGAUGGGCCUCUCGGGCGCGACGAUCUCCGCGCCGCUCGGCUGCCGUGGGCUGCGGCGCGGGGCGGUCGGCGGAGGUAAGGCGCGGAAGGCGGAGGCGGAGAGGUGGCGGCGGGCGGGCUGGAGCCGACGCGUGGGCGGACCGAAGGUGACGUGCGUGGCCACCGAGAAGCACGACGAGACGGCGGCGGUCGGCGUGGAGUUCGCGGACGAGGAGGACUACCGCAAGGGCGGCGGCGGCGAGCUGCUUUACGUGCAAAUGCAGGCCACCAAGCCCAUGGAAAGCCAGUCCAGGAUCGCUUCCAAGCUAUUGCCCAUAUCUGAUGAAAACACAGUACUUGAUUUGGUUAUCAUUGGUUGUGGUCCUGCUGGUCUUUCUCUAGCCUCAGAGUCAGCUAAGAAAGGUCUCACCGUAGGUCUCAUUGGGCCUGACCUUCCAUUCACAAAUAACUAUGGUGUGUGGGAGGAUGAAUUUAAAGAUCUUGGUCUAGCGAGUUGUAUCGAGCACGUCUGGAAGGAUACUAUUGUCUACCUAGACAAUAACAAGCCCAUACUGAUUGGCCGUUCUUAUGGCAGGGUGCACCGUGACUUGCUCCAUGAGGAGCUACUGAGAAGAUGCUAUGAAGCUGGCGUGACAUACCUGAACUCCAAAGUGGACAAGAUCAUAGAAUCUCCAGAUGGACACAGAGUAGUCUGUUGUGAUAAGGGUCGUGAGAUAAUUUGCAGGCUUGCCAUUGUUGCUUCGGGGGCAGCAUCUGGUAGGCUUCUAGAGUAUGAGGUUGGGGGUCCUCGUGUUUGCGUGCAGACUGCAUACGGAGUAGAAGUUGAGGUGGAAAAUAAUCCAUAUGAUCCCAGCUUAAUGGUUUUCAUGGACUACAGAGAUUGUUUCAAAGAGGAAUUCUCACACACUGAACAAGAAAAUCCCACUUUCCUGUAUGCUAUGCCCAUGUCAUCCACACGAGUUUUCUUUGAGGAAACAUGCUUAGCUUCUAAAGAUGCUAUGUCCUUUGAUCUACUUAAGAAGAGGCUGAUGUAUCGGUUGAAUGCAAUGGGAGUUCGUAUCCUGAAAAUUUAUGAGGAGGAAUGGUCCUACAUUCCUGUUGGAGGGUCCUUACCAAACACAGAUCAGAAAAAUCUUGCAUUUGGUGCUGCAGCAAGUAUGGUGCAUCCUGCAACGGGGUACUCAGUGGUUAGAUCUUUGUCUGAGGCUCCAAGAUAUGCUUCUGUGAUAUCCGACAUCUUAAAUAACCGAGUUCCUGCAGAAUAUUUGCUUGGAAAUUCUCAAAAUUACAGUCCAUCAAUGCUUGCAUGGAGAACACUAUGGCCUCAAGAAAGGAAACGUCAGCGAUCCUUCUUCCUUUUCGGAUUAGCGUUGAUAAUCCAACUGAAUAAUGAAGGCAUACAAACAUUCUUUGAAGCCUUUUUCAGGGUGCCGAAAUGGAUGUGGCGGGGAUUUCUUGGCUCAACCCUUUCAUCGGUCGAUCUCAUACUAUUUUCAUUCUACAUGUUUGCAAUAGCUCCAAAUCAAUUGCGAAUGAACCUCGUCAGACAUCUCCUCUCUGACCCGACUGGCUCAACCAUGAUCAAGACCUACCUGACCUUAUAAAACCUUCUGCACCAGGCUGCAAGAACUCUUAGAAACUGUACAGUUUUGUAGUUGUACAUAAGUUAGAGGGGAUCUUGGGGGUUCCUUUUCUUAUUCCCGUAUGGCGGCGGAUCUAGGGGGUUACCAUCAACACUAUAAUACGCUCGAAAUCUUUUAUGGUUGCUGUGGUGAUGGGUGCAUGAUGGAAUGGAAGAAGAAUAAGAGAGAUCCGGUGAUGGUCAUGGUUCCUGCAUUGGCCAUUUUUAGGUCUUGUAUCCCUUGUUUUUGCUCCAUCUCUGUCUUUUCUGUUUCAA